AUGGCCUCAUCGACCCUUCCCCAAUUGACCUCUUCCAAACUCUUCCUCACCGAAGCCGGACUCGAAACAACCCUAGUCUACAAAAGGAACAUCCAUCUCCCAUGCUUCUCCGCUCUCCCACUCCUCAGCACAGAAGAAGGCAAAGAAACACUCCUCUCCCUCUACAAAGACUAUGUAAACAUCGCCCUAGCCCACUCAACCGGCAUAAUCCUCGAAACACGAACAUGGCGCGGAUCCCCGGCAUGGGCUUCCCAGCUCGAUCUCUCCAUCCCACAGAUCCUCGAUCUAAACCGCACGGCAGUUCAAAUCCUCCAUGAUCUCAGAGCCAAGAUGCAGACUCACUCAACUCCAAUCGUCAUUUGUGGGACUCUUGGAACCCUCCAAGACGCUUAUAUCGAUUCCACAGAGACAGUUUCCUUCUCUCAAGCGCAGGAAAAUUAUCGCGCUCAAGUUCAGGUUCUUGCCGAAGGUGUAGAUAUGAUAUCGAUCAUGACUGUGACGAACCUCAACGAGGCUACCGCAGCAGUGAGCGUGGCGCGUGAGUUCAAUCUCCCGAUUCAUGUCUCGUUCAGUAUUGAGACGGAUGGACGGUUGCGAGGGGGGAGAUCGCUUGAUGAGGUGAUUCGGGAAGUUGAUCGUGUGACGGCGAAUUAUACAACUUAUUUCGGGGUGAAUUGUGCGCAUCCUCGUCAUAUCAUUAUGGCUUUACGCGAUCUGUCUGAGGAUGUGAGGUCGAGGAUUGGGUCGAUUCGAGGGAAUGCUAGUCUUAAGAGUCAUGAUGAGCUUGAUAAUUCGCUGGUGCUGGAUCGGGGUGAUAUCUCGGUUUGGGUUCAAGAGACUAUUGGUAUUUUGAAGAUGUUGCCGGAACUGAAAGUGGUAGGGGGUUGCUGUGGUACGGAUGAAGAACAUAUUGAUAGCCUUGCGGGAAGAAUCUACUCUGCUGGUUGUUAA